CAGAGGCAGAGGGGAGCUUGUGCAAACCGGGAAGAUGGCGGCCGGCGGCGGCGGAGGCAGCAGCAAGGCCUCCUCCUCGUCGGCCUCGUCCGCCGGGGCCCUGGAGUCCUCGUUGGACCGAAAAUUCCAGUCGGUGACCAACACCAUGGAAUCCAUUCAAGGCUUGUCGUCCUGGUGUAUAGAGAACAAGAAACACCACAGCACAAUCGUCUACCAUUGGAUGAAGUGGCUCCGGAGAUCUACAUAUCCCCACCGUUUGAAUCUCUUUUACCUUGCCAAUGACGUCAUACAGAAUUGUAAAAGGAAAAAUGCAAUCAUAUUCCGUGAAUCGUUUGCUGAUGUCCUUCCCGAAGCGGCUGCUCUGGUGAAGGAUCCAUCUGUCUCUAAGUCAAUAGAGCGAAUCUUUAAAAUCUGGGAAGAUAGAAAUGUGUACCCAGAAGACAUGAUUGUGGCAUUGAGAGAAGCUUUAAGUACCACUUUCAAAACUCAGAAGCAGCUGAAAGAGAAUCUGAACAAACAACCGAAUAAGCAGUGGAAGAAAUCACAAACAUCUACGAAUCCAAAAGCUGCUCUCAAAUCCAAGAUAGUUGCUGAGUUUCGGUCUCAGGCCCUCAUUGAAGAAUUAUUGAUGUACAAACGCUCAGAAGAUCAGAUAGAAUUGAAGGAGAAACAGUUGUCAACUAUGAGAGUGGAUGUUUGCAGCACAGAAACUCUGAAGUGUUUAAAAGAUAAAACAGGGGGAAAGAAGUUCUCCAAAGAGUUUGAAGAGGCAAGUUCAAAGCUAGAGGAGUUUGUGAAUGGCUUAGAUAAGCAGGUGAGACAUGGGCCCUCACUAACAGAAGCACUGGAAAACGCCGGAAUUUUCUAUGAAGCACAGUACAAGGAAGUGAAAGUGGUGGCCAAUGCUUAUAAAACCUUCGCUAACCGAGUUAACAACUUAAAGAAGAAGUUGGAUCAAUUGAAGUCAACCCUUCCUGACCCUGAGGAAUCACCAGUCCCUUCUCCAAGUAUGGAUGCUCCUUCCCCAACUGGUUCUGAGUCUCCAUUUCAGGGAAUGGGAGGUGAGGAAUCCCAGUCACCAACCAUGGAGAGUGACAAGUCUGCUACACCUGAGCCUGUGACAGAUAACCGUGAUGUGGAAGACAUGGAACUCUCAGAUGUGGAAGAUGAUGGAUCAAAAAUCAUUGUGGAGGACAGGAAAGAAAAACCUCUGGAAAAACCAGCUGUCUCCACUUCUGUACCCACAAAGUCAACAGAAAGUGUCUCAAAGGCCUCACCGUGUGCCCCAGCACCUGUGCCCACGACAGCAACUCCACCUCUUCCAAAGCCCAUGAACACUUCUCUUCUGUCCCCUUCCCCAGCUUUGGUUUUACCAAACUUGGCAAAUGUGGAUCUGGCAAAAAUCAGUUCCAUCCUUAGCAGCUUAACAUCAGUCAUGAAGAACACGGGUGUCAGUUCUGCAUCAAGACCUUCUCCAGGAACGCCUACCAGUCCCAGCAACCUCUCCAGUGGCCUGAAAACACCUACACCUGCCACAACAACACCUCACAACCCUCUGGCAAAUAUCCUCUCAAAGGUGGAGAUCACCCCUGAGAGCAUUCUCUCUGCUCUUUCUAAAACGCAGACACAGUCAGCCCCUGCACUUCAAGGCCUGUCAUCUUUACUUCAGAGUGUUACUGGGAACCCAGUGCCAGCCAGUGAAGCUACAUCCCAGAGCUCUACGGCCUCCCCUGCCAGCACCACCAGCUCUGCCAUAAAGGGGAGAAAUGUGCUCUCCAGUACCCAGUCUUUUAUUUCCAAAAGCUUCGGCUAUUCCCCCAAUUCUUCAACUUCUGAAGUCUCUUCGACUUCAGCAAGCAAGGCAUCAGUUGGGCAAAGCCCAGUGCUCCCAAGCACUACUUUUAAAUUACCAUCCAGUUCUUUAGGAUUUACAGGUACCCACAAUACUAGCCCUGCUGCUCCACCUACUGAAGUUGCCAUGUGCCAAUCCUCAGAAGUCUCCAAGCCAAAGCUGGAAUCAGAGUCCACUUCCCCAAGCCUGGAAAUGAAGAUCCACAACUUCUUAAAAGGUAACCCUGGUUUCAGUGGGUUAAACUUAAACAUCCCAAUCCUGAGCAGCUUGGGAUCCAGUGCCCCAUCAGAGAGCCACUCCUCAGACUUCCAGCGUGGUCCUACUAGCACUUCAGCUGACAACAUCGAUGGCACCCCUGUUCGGGAUGAACGGAGUGGGACACCCACCCAGGAUGAGAUGAUGGACAAGCCCACAUCCAGCAGUGUAGACACCAUGUCCCUGCUGUCUAAGAUCAUCAGUCCUGGUUCCUCAACACCAAGCAGUACAAGAUCACCACCCCCUGGAAGAGAUGAAAGCUACUCCCAAGAGCUCCCCAAUUCUGUGUCUACAUAUCGGCCCUUCGGCCUGGCCAGUGAUGCUUCCUACAAGCAGCCACCUGAGGGAGUCGAGAGACCAUCUUCCCUGAUGGACUCUUCACAGGAAAAGUUCUUCCCUGACACUUCUUUCCAGGAAGAUGAGGAUUAUCGAGAUUUUGAAUAUUCAGGGCCUCCACCCUCUGCCAUGAUGAACCUAGAGAAGAAACCAGCCAAAUCCAUCCUGAAGUCAAGCAAACUUUCUGACACCGCCGAUUACCAGCCAAUCAUGUCCAGUUAUAACCACAGGGCCCAAGAGUUUGGGGUAAAGUCUGCCUUUCCUCCAUCUGUAAGGGCACUCCUAGACUCUAGUGAGAACUGUGACCAUCUCUCAUCUCCCCCUGGGCUAUUUGGUGCCUUCAGUAUAAGAGGGAAUGAACCUGGGUCAGACCGGUCACCAUCACCGAGUAAGAAUGAUUCGUUUUUCACCCCUGACUCCAACCACAGUAGCUUGUCUCAGUCCACCACUGGCCAUCUCACUCUGCCACAGAAGCAGUACCCAGACUCUCCUCACUCAGUCCCCCAUCGUUCCCUUUUCUCUUCGCAGAAUACCCUUGCCGCUCCAACGGGCCUCCCACCCACUUCAGGCAUGGAGAAAGUCCUGGCCUCCACCAUUUCUACCACAUCGACGAUUGAGUUUAAGAAUAUGCUUAAAAAUGCCUCUCGAAAACCCUCAGAUGAUAAGCAUUUUGGCCAGACCCCCAACAAGGGUACUUCAAGUGAUGGUGUCAGUCUGUCAAACCUCACCCAGCCCAGCUUGCCUACCACUGAACAGCAACAGGAAGAACACUAUCGCAUAGAAACCCGAGUCUCUUCCUCCUGUUUAGACUUGCCUGAUAGCACAGAAGAAAAGGGGGCCCCCAUAGAAACUCUGGGUUAUCAUAAUGCAGCCAACAGGAGGAUGUCAGGGGAGCCAAUACAGACAGUAGAGUCCAUACGAGUUCCUGGGAAGGGAAAUAGAGGACAUGGGCGGGAGGUUUCAAGAGUAGGUUGGUUUGAUGUGAGCACAGCAGGCAGCUCUUUUGACAAUGGCCCCUCAAGUGCCUCUGAGUUGGCAUCCCUUGGGGGUGGGGGCAGCGGAGGCCUCACUGGCUUUAAGACGACGCCAUACAAGGAGCGGGCGCCCCAGUUUCAGGAGAGUGUCGCCAGCUUUCGUUCCAGCAGUUUCAACUCAACAUUUGAGCAUCAUCUCCCCCCAUCCCCCUUGGAACACGGGACACCCUUUCAGAGAGAGCCAGUGGGGCCAUCAUCUGCCCCACCAGCUCCUCCUAAGGAUCACGGUGGUAUCUUCUCCCGAGAGGCGCCCACUCAUCUGCCCUCUGUGGAUCUUUCGAACCCCUUUCCAAAGGAGGCGUCUCUGGCCCAUGCCGCCCCACCACCUCCUCCAGGAGAGCACAGCACAGUUCAUUUCCCUCCCCCACCCCCCCCCCCUCCUCCUCCCCCUGUUGACCACUCUGGGGUUGUACCUUUCCCAACUCCACCACUGCCAGAGCAUGGAGUGACUGGGCCUGUGGCAGUUUUUCCCAAGGACCAUAGUUCCCUCCUUCAAGGGACCCUGGCUGAGCAUUUUGGGGUCCUCACAGGACCCAGGGACCUCAAUGGCCCUGGUCUUAGCCGUGCACGAGAGAGCCUGAGCCUGCCUUCCCACCCUCUGGAGCACUUGGGCCCUGCCCUUGGAGGAGGUGGGGGAGGCAACACCAGCAGCAGUGGCCUUCCCUUGGGUCCUGCACACAGAGACGCCAUCGGCCGGAGUGGUAUGAUUUUACGGAGUCCCCGGCCAGACUUUCGGCCUAGGGAAGCUUUUCUCGGCAGAGAUCCAUUCCACAGUUUAAAGAGACCCCGGCCACCUUUUGUUAGAGGCCCUCCGUUCUUUGCACCAAAACGCCCAUUCUUCCCUCCCAGGUACUGAUGGAAAUCAGGGAAAGGCAUUUUGAACAGUCUAGAGAGCAUUGGAAGUAGCAGUUUGGUUUCUUGUUUUUAUUUGUUUCCUCUCGAUUUUUUGUUUUUUUUUUUUUUUGUUUUGUUUUGUUUUUUUUAACGAAGGGCCUCCCUUCCAAAUUCAAAAAACAUACAUGGUAACAAUUUACUAUUUCCCCCUCCUCUCUGCGAUUAGGACCUUCCCCAAGUUGUUUGUGUUUUUCUUUUUUUUUUUUCUCCUUAAACAAACAAACAAAAAAAAGGUAAACAUAACCAAAGCCAUUUCAUUUGGCUGGGGGUUUCGGGAGUGGGGAAGAAAACAAUAUUUUAUCUCAUCUAUUGGACAGAUAACUUACAUUUGAAAUAAAACUUCGGUCAGUAGAGGUAAUAGUAUGUGCAAUGUUGGGGUGUCAUUUGGGUCUUGGCCUUGCUAACAGUAGUGGGAGGAUCCCUGUCUCCUUCCCUCUCCAGCUAAGCAACUCCAGUGACUGGCUUGGCUCCCUUCUCUGAAUUCUCUGCCCUGCUGAAGGCCAAGAGGUAUUUGCAAAAGGACAAAAUGUGGGCAGUUUUGGGCCUGCCAGGUGUAUUUGCUUUAUUCUAAAGGCAUGUUGAAACAGAGUUCUUUAUCUUUUGUUUUUUCAGCAUCAUUUUCUGAACUAUUACCAAGCAGUAAAUCUGAGACAGCACAAACUUUAUUGUAUGUAACAGAAAGUUUUCUCUUUCUGGGUGCCACCACACCCACAACCUCAGUGCUGGGAGGCAGGGCGAAGACAACGGCAAGUUUGAGGUCAGCUUGAGCUAUAUAGUGGAACUUUGUCCCAAAAAGAAAGAAAAAAGUCUCUUCCUUAAAUGAAAAAGCUGAAUAUAAUUUCAGUAUUAAAAUUAGCAGUGAUCACAGUAUGUAAAGCUAGGGAACGGGAUCAUUUGUAAGCAAGGAAGUAGGAAACAUUUGGAUAUAAAUACAUAUACAUAUCUGUCCUAAGCCCUUGCCCCCUGCUUUCCCUGACUUUUUCUCCCUCAGUUGUUAAUUCUGACUAUAUUGUUAAACAGGUGUAGGUCAAAUAUCCCUGCCUUCUUAAAUGUAUAAGUAGACACUUAUUUUACUAUGGUACCUGCCUCACUGGUGGUUUUCUGUAAACAUUAACUUUAGAGAAAGGGAAAUAUUUUGUCUUUAGCAUUUCCCUCUUCUCAGUCCUGUAUUCACCUGUUCUUACUGUUUCAGAGGAGACGAGUGGUAUCCUUACAUGCUACUCUGUAGGUGUGUCUUAGAGACAGGUGGGUAUUGUUGGCCAUCUUUGUAUAGAAAGUGGGGUCCUGAUGAAGCCAAGUUGGCCCUCAGAGAUAGCAACUUGAUCUUUUCAGUGCCCACCUCCUACCCCUCCUCAUGUCAGCUGAUAAGAUGUUUUGCCUGGGUCAUUGCUAUGGAAGGAAGAGCUUUCUUUCCUGCAUUAAAGGUUUGUGUUUCUGCAUCUAAUACUUAGGGGAAAGACAAUCACUGUGCUUGGAGUGCUUUUAUCUUUAUCUGGGAAGCAAAUACUGCUUACUACAAUUUCUGUUGGUGUUUUGCACCAAGGUAAAUGCUGAUGAUCUCCAGGUAGGUGUGUAAAAUGAUGUGUUGAGCUUUUGAAGGAAUUCUAACAAGUUAAGAUAGAACAUAAGGAAGUAAAGAAGUAUUUGAAUUCCUUAGUAGGGGAGUAAAGAUGGAAGAAAGUGGGGCACACAGUUGAAGGCAGUCCUUUAUCUCAGAACAAACCACUUUUCAGAAGAAAAGCUGUCCAACCUAAUCUUGGGUCUGUGUAAGCGUGCAGCAGACAGCAUCCUCAUUCACAUUCCCAUUUUGAGCCAGUUCCCCCUUUUUUUUCCUUUCUCAAGCCUCUCUGCCCUGUAGUUCUCCCCACAAAAAUGCCUGAUACCAUGAGCUUGUGAAGGGGAUUGGGUAUAUAGCAUAGCAAAGUAAAGGAAGUGUAGUUAAAUAUUGAGUCUUAAGACAUUUGUUUAGUAAAAAAGCAUCAAACAGAAUGGGGGCGGGUGGUCAGGGAAUUGUGACUUUCAGAAUUGAUCCUUUUUUUUUUUUCCCCCAGAAAUUAAGUGGGGUUGUUUUUCAGUCUAGAAUAAAAGAAUGUGAAUUAUUUCUACCGCUCUUGUUUAAGCUAAACAUACUGUUUACUUGAAAAGGCUCUCUGACCAUUUAAUUUUCUAAGAAAAUAUGGGAGUAUAAGGAAAGUGGUUUCUGGAAUGUUGAGCAAGAUAAUUGUCCUCAAAAGCAUAGAAGCAUAGUGGCCAAUCCAUGACAGGAGUACUUUGUCCAGUUCAGGAGUGGACUUUAUGGGGGUUGGGUUUUUGUGGGGUAUUUUUUGUUUUGUUUUUGCCACAAAAUCUUCAGUGUGUUUCAGGGUGGAAGUGAGAAUUGUAUGAUGCUGUCGGAUAUUUUAAGGAAAUCUGUCUACAAUACUAAAUGAAGACAACUGUAUAUAUGUGAUAUAGUGAAACAAAAGACAUUUCUGCUAUUCAUAAAGAUAAAAACAAGGGAUUUUAUUCUUUCUGUGUCUGUGAUUUAAACUCCGUACCAUGCUCUGACUUUUGUAUUUCACCCUGAGUUCAAAAAAAAAAAAUAAAAAAUAAACAAGAUAUUUUUUAAAGAAUGCACAAUAUAGUGUGUCUUAGCAAGGACAUGAGUCAUAUGAAGCAGAAUGCGUAGUUGUCACUAAGGUUCUUGGUGCUCAUUGUAAAACCACAGACAAAGAAUUCUAUGAAGACGCUAGUAUCACACAGAAUUCAGUGAUGCUAGACCAGAAAUAGGAUCCUUAAAGGUUUUCUGAGAGUUUAUUUUCUAGUCAGCAUAGGUGGGAGCUCCUCCCUGCACCUCUCUGCCCUCUCAAAAACUGAGGUCAACAGAACUGGGUUUGAUCCCUGGAGGGUGCUGUGAGCAGUGGAGGACCUUUAUCGUUUCUGAUACCAGAAACAACAGAUAUGUAAGGUACGGCAAGUCUAUCUAGACAAUGUGAAUAGGCUCAGCUUUCUUACUGCAGAAUAUCCACUCAGUCCUGUUGUUACUGUUGAUGCAGUUAGGCUUCAGCUGUUAGGUUUUGAAGCGGCUGUAAAUUACUGCUCCCCCCUCCCCACCUCCAUAUUUUUAAUUGGUGGGGUUACCUGUUAAGAUUUUUUUUUUAAGUAGAUAUGUUGGAUUGAUAUUCUCACGUGUUCAGUGUGGAAAACAAGUACAUGCUUUAGAGACAACAACAAUGAAAUCCUUUUGGAAUGUGUAUUAAUAUCAUUUAAUAAAAUAACUAGUUCUAAAGGUUUGAUAUUUUUCUUUUGAGACUGGAGCUUUGAACAAGGGCCCCUGGCUUCUCUGGUGAAUGCAAACAGAAACAACUUCUCUUCUCCAGAAGCCAAAACUGCAGCUUUGUAGCACAGACCUGUGGUUAGAGAUGCUGUAUUUCCUCCGUCGAAGAUGCAGCAUGACUGUCCAGGGCCAAAGGAGAAACAGGCUACAGAAUGCAGAAAAGAAAAGCUGGGGGAUAGCCCUGAAGAUGCCACUGUACUGGCUUUUCACCUGGGGUGUGUGGGAAGGACAGAAAGUGGUGUGUGUGCCCACACAUACCAUAUGUGCCGCAGACCAACCGUCUGUUUUCUUUAUAGCCACUUGCACUUAACCUCGCCCAGCUUUUUUUUGGGGGGGGGGAAAUUGUCUCCGAUAUUUUGUUUUCCAGUUUAAUAAAAUACGGUUUUCUUUGU